AUGUUACUCGUAAAACCCGGUGAUUAUUUAUCAUCUCCAAUAAGUUUGCUGCUACUACUCGCCACACUUCUUGGUUCAGGCGCAACGAAAGGCAAUACAAAAGUGCAAUUAGCUGAAGCCUUGGAAAUUUACGAUGGUAGGGAUGAAGAGAAAAUUGGCAAAAAGAUGUUCACAUUAUUAUAUGAAAACUUGACAAAAGAAAAGGCUGAUGGAGAGAAUAUUAUCUCUAUAGGAAAUGGAAUAUUCGUCAGAAAAGAAGCUCCAAUUAAGAAAAGCUUCAUGACAAGAUUGAAAAGUGAAUUCUUUAGUGAUGUUGUUAAUGUGGAUUUCACCAAACCAAAACAGGCUGUCAAAAAUAUCAAUGACUGGGUCUGCAAUAAAACACAUAAACUUAUACCUGAAUUUCUAAAACAACCACUUUCCAGACAAACCCUUCUCGCGUUAAUCAGCACACUGCACUUCAAAGGAAAAUGGAAAAUGCCUUUUUCUAAACUUUCUACAACUGAGAAAUACUUUAAACCGGCUAGACAAUCUGUAAUCAAAGUACCAAUGAUGCAUAUCACAGAAACUAUGGGUUUUGGAACAUUUACACAACAUGAAGUUCAUAUAGUUAGUAAAGAGUUCUCGAAUCCACGAUUCACGUUUAUUGUAGUUCUACCAGCUAAACCUGGAAAGAUUGAAGACACUGAUAAAAUUCUAAGUGGUGAAGUCAAAUUGUCAAAAUUGAUGAAUGAACUGCGUCCUACUCGUGUUGCCUUAUCACUGCCACGAUUUAAAUUAGAUUCAACGAUCAAUCUAGUUAGCACAUUGGAUAUAAUAGGAGUAACUGACCUAUUCGCUGCAAAUCGAGCAGAUUUAACAGGAAUGACUAACCGCAAAAUUCAUGCAGAUAUCUUUCAACAAAGUACAUCACUAAAAGUGAAAGAAGAGGGAGUAGAGGCUGCAGCUGCAACAGUGGUGGGCUUUAAAUCACGCAGUAAACCAUUACCUCCAAAAAUUGCUUUUAUCGCUAAUGAAUCAUUUCUUUGCUUCAUUUACGACAAAGUACUGAAAACAAAUCUGUUCGCUGGUCGUGUAAUUAAGCCAGUAUCAAUUUUAGAUGACAAGUGAAUGUGAUUCUCCUAAGUCAAUUCAGACAAAUAACAAAUAAUUUCAGUAACUCUCAACUUAAAUGUAGUGCUAUUAAUCUGUUAAACAGAGUGCGCAAUUUUGUUUGUACUUUCAACU